CGCACCAUGGCCGCCCCGCGCAUAGCACACCUCGCCCACAAGUCCGUCCUCGAGCUGUCGGGGCCCGACGCCCAAAAGUUCCUCAAGGGACUCAGCUGCAAAGACGUCGAGUACCUCGCAGGUGGCUACAGCGGCUUCCUCAACGCUUCCGGCAGAGUACUUCACACUGCAUUCGUCUUUCCCCGCUCAAAAAACUCGUAUCUCAUCACUCACGAGUCUCCAGAAGACCACCCAGCACCACUUACGUCCCUCCUUCCUCCCUUCAAGCUCAGGUCCAAAGUAAGGAUAAAAGAUGUGACAAGUCAGUGGGAUGCUUGGUCAGCAUGGGGGUCAGACUUGCAAGGCGGGCCAAGUCCGAUAAGGACCUGGAAGAUGGGAAGUGGGGGCGCCUCUGAAAGCCACUGGGAUUGGGAGGGCGGCGUCCGUGAUCUCGGGCUGCGAGAUGAUGAGGUCGGUUGCUGGGAUCUCCGAGCGGGGUGGCCUCAUAUGGGGAGGCAGCUGUUGAUCCCAAAGGGAGAGAAGCCGUCGCUGGCGACAUCGCAUGAUCUCGGAAACAUGGAUGAUUACGAGUUGCAUCGAAUGCUGCUGGGCGUACCCGAGGGUCCCACAGAAAUAUUGCCAGGUCAUGCCUUACCUUUAGAAAGCUGUAUGGAUAUUCACGGCGGAGUUGAUUUCCGCAAGGGUUGUUUUUUGGGCCAAGAACUGACUGUCCGAACGUAUCAUACGGGCGCGACACGUAAACGUAUCUUACCAGUUCGACUGAUUCCUCUGGACCAAACCAGUUCCAGUUCCAUUUCCGACCUCCUUUCUUCUUCUCCCCAGCAAUCUUUGGAUGAAGUCAGCACCCCUCUCGAUAUAACAUACCAUCCGCCUUCUUCUUCCGCCACGCGCAAACCUCGUUCUGCUGGCAAAAUACUGUCACUACAUAACGCCGUGGGCUUAGCUCUGGUGCGGCUCGAAAUGGCAGAACGAUGUUGGUGGUCGGGUGAUAUUUUACGAUCAUCCGUUAGUCAAUGGUUAGAUAGCGGCGCUGGCAGAUUGACGACGCAAGUGAACGGCAAGGAAUGGGGAGUGUACGUGGGACAAGGAGAAGCAUACGCAGCUGCGCUAGAACACAUGUCAUCAUCAUCAUAAGUCUGCAAAGAAACUGCCGUCAUUCUCCGCUUGACCUCGACUCAUAUCCUUCAUCCCAUUAUCUUUCUUCUUCUUUUUGCUCUUCUCCUCGUCCGAAUCUGGUUCAUCUUCUUCCAUCUCAUCGUCCUCGUCACUGUCUUCGAACAGGUCUUCCACAUCCUCGGAUACGCUCGACUGGAAACUCCUCAUGAGUAGCGACCACACCCACUGGAAUUAGAGAUUAGAAAAUGGGGCCAUCGUCAAAAUGGAGAAAUGUGGGACGUACAAAAUUUAUGAGGUAACACUUGUAUCACUCGGAUCAUACCGUCCUCGGACCCUGUGGCGAUAAUAUCAGGUUUUCUGGCUGUGUCCAAUUAAUAUCCCAUGGACCCACAGUCGGCCCAGCCCAUCUGACGGUUCCAAACGGACAGAAUACCCAAGCCGGACCCUACAAUCGCUUUCUGACCCCCUUUUAUAGGGACGAUUGACAAGAGCUCAUCCUCUUGAUCUUCAGACACUGUCAAAGGCGUAGACUUGUUUGAGCGAAUAUCAAUCACUGAUAAGUGACCGUCACCCCUGUUAAAAGCCAGACAAUACUCUUAGUCCCCCAUCCCAUGCUGAAAAAAGAUUUUCGACUAAAACUCACGAUGUAGCAACUAGCUGCCUUUUGUCAUCAAAAUAUGUAAAGUCGGAAAUGUAAUCAAAGUGCUGGGAAUACGUCCGGAUAGAGUCUGCUUGCCUAGGAUCCCAUAGCUAGAAGGUAACAUUAGCUUAAUCAUUCAUGAAUGUACUCUGUGGACGAGGAG